CCCAACCGGCAAAAAUCUUAUUAGAAUCUGAUUACCCAAACCAAAACUCCCGAUUAUGUAUAAUUUGCGAUUGCUGCGAAAGGUUCUGCCGGGCGGCUGCCACUCCCACCAACGUUGCAUGGCUAGCCAGCACAAACGACGCCCACAGCCCGGCGGGCUGCCUCCGGAUCGGCUGGAGCAGCUGCGCAGUGAUCUCUUCGAGCGUCACCAGGAUCUCAGUGGCGCGGAGUGGACGGAGGUGCGUCAGUCGCUGGUGGACAGCUACAAGCACAUCAACGGACACAACGUGGACGCCGUGAUUCUGGGCGUCUGCAGUGGGCCUCAUCAACUGUCGCUGGCCAAGAACUAUGUGGAGUUCCUCCGGAGCCAAGGCUCCGCGCCCAAUGCGGCUACUCUGGGUCGCCUGCUGAGGGUCUACAAUGCCGCCUACCACGAACGACCGCUUAACUCGACGGAGCAGGCCGAGAUCCUGGAGAUCUGCCGUACACUCCAGGCGGAGCACGAAACCUUGGACGCCAAUAGCUGUGAGCAUGUCAUCCACGGUCUGGUGGCCACCAACGACGAUUGGCAGAGCGCCCUGCCGCUGCUCGAGAUGAUGAAGGUCACCAGCGCACCCACUGUUGCCGCUUACUCCGCACUGGCGGAGAAGUCCUUUAAUGUGGAAUCGCCAGAGCAAGAACUGGCCUGGCGUCUGCUGGAGGAGAUGGCCGCAGCCCGGAAACCACCCAAAUGCGAGGUCUACCUGGCGCUGCUCAAUCGCUUGGCCAGCGAAUCGGACAAAUUACCUGCCCAGCUUAAGCGUCUAAUGCAGUUCCUCGAGCGCCAUGAGAUUCUAGUCAGUCAGCGAGUGGCGGAGCGAUUGCAGGAGCUUGCCCAGCAAGUGCCCCAACUCCUGGAGGUCAGUUCCACGAGCUUGGGUCCUCUGGGCAAAUGUCAGGCCUGCCAGAAGCACCUUCAGCCUGUGGCCAUCACCGAUGAGCAGUUCCGCCAGCUCAGCGAGUGUUUCCUGGAGCGCGUGCUCAUACGACGCGACGUUUUCCAGCGCUCCACGCCCGAGGAGGUGGCCAGGUUUAAGAAGUACGUGGAGAAGACGGCUCCCUAUGACUGCGUGAUCGAUGGCCUCAAUGUGGCCUACUCCACCGGUACCAAGAAGUCGCCCCAGCAGCUGGCCAAGCUGGUGGCCACCGUGGUGCGGCACUUCCGAGAUCAGGAUAAGCGUGUCCUGGUUCUGGGACGUGAACACAUGCGCAACUGGUCCAAGCAAGCCAUGCACUACGUCCAGAGCAAUGCCAGCCUGUUCUUGACCAACAAUUUGUCCCACGACGACCCCUUCCUGCUUUAUGCCUCAAUGCGCAGUGGUCAGGACACGGACUUCUUCUCUCGCGACCUGAUGCGCAGUCACGCCUUCCAUUUGGGACCCGAGCUAAAGCCCAUCUUCCGCCGCUGGCAGCAGCAGCACCAGUUUUCCCUGGUCACUCAAACGCAAACGGGUCGGAUUAUAGUCAAGGAGCCCGUUCGCCACAGGCUGAGUGCUCACGAAGUGGCGGGCACCUGGCAUGUGCCCUACUGUGAGGCGUACACCCAGCAUCCCACCGAGAGCUUCGAGGUGCCUGCAAACUGGCUGUGUCUCAAGCUGAAAAAGCAAACCCCCGCCAAAGUAAAGACAAAAACGUGACUGCGUGUAUAAGCAAUUAUAGUGAGAUACAAUAGCCAAAGGUUAACAAAUAUACUGGAGGAGCCGUCCCUUCCCAAUCCUA